UGUGUGUUUGUGGGCACGAAACCUUUUGGAGUUUAUGGAAAGUUUCACAUAAAGUCUAAGCCUCAAUCAAAAAUUCUGCAAUCGUAUAUGUUUUUCUUGAUAUAGAUACCUCUACUUCCUUGUCUUCAGCACCAGAACAUUUGUAUUUUUGUAUUGAUUUCCAUUUUUACCAAUAAAAACACACACAACAUUGAUGGAGUGAAUGAGUGAAAACAUAGCAGACAUCAGAUCAAAAGGGUGUGUUGUCUGAGCUCUAGGUUGACACAGAAGGAGGCCAUGUGUUGCGUGUUUGUAUGACGCCUGAAGCCUUCUGCAGCCCUUGACAGGAAACGCUGCUGCCUGUUUGCAGGAGGGUGUUUCCAUGGAAACCAAAGUAGGUGAGGGCAUUAACAGGAAGAGGAGUAGUGGCUCAGCUGGCAAAGACGGGGGGCGAUGGAGACAGAAGAACGAGGUCAAUGCACUAAAAAGCCUGCCACAUUAAACAAACAAAAUUUCCCAACGGCACUUCUACCAAAAACAACUCUGACUUAAAUAUCUUUUGAAAGCUUGCCUGCUUGACCAAAGUCAAGGUUAAGUCGCUGACUGUUUUUAAUGAUCUUCCUGUGUUGGCGUGAAGAAACAAAGAAAGAGGCACUAUGUACAAGCCGGAGAGGUACACGCUUAAGACGGCAAGGUUCAGGGCUGACUGCAAUUGAGGAGCAUCAAUAUUCAUUCCAAGGUCUCUAACAAGGAUUAUAUUCAAGAUUUGGAGGCUUAUUUCAUCGCCUGACUGCAUCUUUGACUACAUCUUUGUGCAAAAGAAAACCGCUUAUCAGCCACCAUGCCAAUCCUAAAACAGCUAGUGUCUGGCUCCUCCCAGACCAAGCGCCGCUCACGCAUGGAUCUGACCAGGGAGAUGAUCAGUGCUCCACUGGGUGACUUCCGCCACACCAUGCAUGUAGGCCGCAGUGGUGAUGCGUUUGGAGACACCUCCUUCCUCAGCACCCGCUCAGGGGAACCACCUCAUGAGACCACAUCCUACCCCAGCUCUCCCCGGCCUGGCCUCCUGUCUCGUACCUUCAGGAGCAGCAAACGCUCCCAGUCGGUGACCAGAGUCGACCAGCACAGAGACAACACCCUGAUGGUUCCUGGUGGGUCACCCACCUAUGUGAAAAAUGCCAUGUCUCUGCCCUUCCUCAAUGAUGAAAACAGAGGUGACAGUAUGGUGGCAAAGAGUUUGUCAUCAAGUCCUUUAAAGCAGCACGGGGAGGUGGAUGGGAGAGGUGCAGCUGCAGCUACUCACUUCCUGGAGCUGGAAGAGCAAAGCUUUGGUGAGCUGACCGAGCUUCCAGAGAGCUCUCACCACUACGGAGGUGGCAUGAAGCACGCCGAGUCAGUAAUGUCUUUCCAUGUUGACCUGGGACCCUCCAUGAUGGGUGACAUCCUGGGGGUGAUGGAGAAGGAGGAUGACGAUCUUGGCUACGAGGAGGGCAAGAGCAGUGAGGGCCAUGCCUCACCACCUCUCAGCACCCACGGUGAGGAAGAGGAUAGCGUGGAGAGAGAAAAGGAUGAGGAUACAGUGGAGCAGAUGGAGGCAGAGGAAGAAGCAGCAGAACUGCAGCAGCAGGCCUCUAUGCAUCCAGGCAGCUCUGUUGAUCUGGGGCCUGAGAAUGGAGGGCCCUACAUCCCAGUGUACACUCCUGAAACUCGGCCAAAACACUUGCAACAUCAAGACAGUUGCUCCAUGUCCAGCUCUGGCUCUGCUGCCCUGGAAGAGAAACCAAACAGCCAGACUUAUGCAGGAGAUACAGACAGCGCCACCUUCAGUGCCCCGCCAGAGGAGGAGAGCAACUUCUCCUCUUUCUUGGAGGAUGAAGAUGAUGAGAUCCACGUAUGAGAUUCCAAAGCUUUCUUUAAAAAAAAAAAAAUAAAAUAAAAUAAAAAAAUCGGACAGAGACUUUUAAGGGGUUUAUGUGAAACUAGCAAGUCCUUUGACAGAUUGGAUUUGCACUUGAAUGACAGUAAGACAUUGUUGUUGGUUACUGUGGGAAUGGAAUUGUGAAGAAGACGGAGUGCUCCUACUUUGUAGGUCGGCAAGGAGAGAGUGACUGCUCCUUUAGGAUGAGCCCAAACUCCAUCUGUGAGAGAGCCUUACCCUCCACUUUCUGUUUGUCUGUCAAUCCUUCUCUCCCUUUUGAACACUGAGGGAACUGACCUGGAAGAGCAGCCACUUUCUGAAUAUGGAACAUUCCAGAAGUAAGCAAGGAGGAUGGGUUUGAAAGAAACUUUUGUAGGAAAAACACUUUCCAUAACUAAAGCUCAGUUCACACUUUCUGUCUCUCUCCCCUCUCACUUGACUUGUCAUAUGUGCUUUUUCAUUUGGUUUGCCUCUCUUCUUGUUGCGCUUUCUCUCUCUGGCUGCGGGACAUCAAGAGGCAUGAGCUGAACAGAAGGCCUCUGUCAUCACAGGAUCACUGGUAGGUAUCUUGUCACAAUAAAGGGAGCUGUGUUUGGCACUGGAGUGUGAAGCCCUGCCUUGAGCCUCUUUCAUCUGAAAAUAUUAUAGUAAAGUGCCAUAGAUCUGUCAGUUUUCUCCCUUAUGUAACUCAGGGUCCUUGUGUCGCUGCUCAAAGGCUGCCAUUUCCUGUUGUACAGCUGGACCACAAAGCCCCAAACCAAAAUUCUUUUGUUUUUAAUUCGCUGUGAGCUCCACACAGGCCUAGCCUCAGUGUAAAUUUGAGAAAAGCAGGGGUGUAAAGCUAAUGGAGAUGCAUUGGCCUGCAUUAAGUAUGAAGCAUGGUGUUACUACAGGAAGCCAGAGGUUUGGACAGUGGUGUGUGUGGCACACUGGAGGGGGGCUGUGCACUGUACUGUUUGUUGUCUCUUUUCCAAUGAACAAUGAGAUUGUUUUUCAGCCUGAAGCCAUAAUGAUGAUGAUUUUGCAGAUUGAACUGACAUGAAUUGGCCAUCUUCCUCCUUCUAAUCUGUCAUUUCAAGUUGAAACUGAAAUGAGUCUGAUAACCACUUCCUUCCUUGUUUUCAUACAUCCGAGCAGCUGCAGUGGUGCAACUGAACCGUGUAAAAGAUGUUGAUUCUCAUUAAUCCAGGAGCUGCCUUGACGUAUAAAACAGUUUCCACUACUACUCAUUAGGAGGGCUUGUAGUAUUAUUAUUAUUAUUAUU